UCCCAUUUCAGUACCAGAAUUAACCAAUUAAUUUAGCUAAUUGCCCUACAUAUACCCAUCCCUAAUUUCUAUUCUCAAUUUAUCUCUCCAUGGCACUUCAACAUUUUCUCCUCCUAAUUUUAAUCUCUUUUCUAGGUGCUGAAGCAAAAAUAAGGGAAAUCACCAACUUAAGAGAAGUCACCAUAGUAAACAAAUGUAACACGACUAUAUGGCCUGGAUUUAUACUAGCAACUGGUCAAGUAAAUGAAGAAGGUUUUGAGUUAAAGCCUGAAGAAUCUGGAAUAAUUAAAUUUAACGUUGGAGUUGCCCUUAUAUGGGGACGUAAAGGGUGCUCAUUUGACCCGUCCGGCCGUGGGAAUUGCACUUCCGGCGAUUGCGGUGGCCUACUAAGAUGUGUCAAACAACAUUUUCCCGUGCCACCGGUCACAUUAGUGUCGCUUUUUCUUAAUAUUGAAAUGGAUAUGUAUGGAAUUAGCCUUGCAGGUGGUUUCAAUAUACCGAUAUCUAUAUUACCUUAUGGUAAUAGCUCUAAUGAAUGUAAGUCAGUAAGUUGCAAUUCAGACUUGAACAAAGCUUGUCCUGAAGAGCUACAAGUGAGAGUAAAUGGUCGGACCGUAGCAUGUAAAAGUGAAUGUUUAGCAUUCAAGACGCCUGAAUUUUGUUGUAUCGGUAAUGGUGGUUAUGGUACGUCUAAAACUUGCAGGAUCACAAAUUCUUCGAGAGUGUUCAAGGAAACUUGCCCUACAGCUACUGUUCAUGGUUAUGGUCAAGAAAUGUUUACGUGCUAUAGAUCUAAUUACUUAAUUAGGUUUUGUUGAAAUUUCAUGUUGGUUAUGUUUUCAUGUGAUUUAUACAAAUAAAAUGAAUAAAUUUGUGUUUUGUUUUUGUAGAUUGAAAAAAAAAUAAAUACAAACGUGCAUCGCAUGAUACAAUGGGGUUUGGUGGAAGUAGAAUCAAUAAAACAUCAGUUAAUAUUC